GGUGUUGUAUUGAACACGCAGACAGACAGGAUGUGGAGCUGAAAGAAGAGGGCGGAGAAUAGUUGAAAGUCGCUGGAAUUUUUUUCGCAAAAUCCGAAAGGAUUGCUAUGGAAUGAUGCCCUUUAUUUAGGAAAAACUAACAACCAAAGGGUAAGUGUAAUUGAUGUGACUUUUCUGUCCUUGUCUAAAUAAAUGUUACAUUUGAAAGUUAUCGAGGCCCUUUCCAAGGCACGGAGACAGGGAUAUUUACUAGUCCCACUUCACGAAGUUGGCUGCCAGACAUGAGGAACAAAUGGAGUUUCCGAAUGCCCAUUUGGGGAAAACACGAAGGAAGGAAAUGUAUAUUCCUAUUCUUUCUAAGUAUUCCAUGUAACUGCAGUGUAAUUUUCUUCAACUUUUGACAAUAGGGUUUAUUCUGAAGUAGUUAUUUUUUACUUUAAAAAUGAAAGAUCUAUGUUUUUUAAAAUAAUUUGACUGGAGUGUGUGUGAUUUGUGACCAAGUCAAAACAUUUGACUAUUCAGUGGCCUUUUCUCAGUGAUAUUUGGAAAUCGAAUAUGGUUUUUGUUGGCUAAACUAUUCCAAGCUACUGUACAUGAUAGAAACAGUCAUGAAGUGGUUCGCAUGGUUCGCUAAAUGCCAAUCGAUACAGUAGCAAAACAUUAGAUUGUUUGGUGAAAUCAUAAUAAUAAUCAUUUAAUCAGCUUUGAUUGAUUUGUUUAUUGUUAAAGCCAUUCUCUCCACAGCUCAAACACACACACAUACAUGUAAACAUAAACACAACAACAAAUAACCAACCAUACAAUAGUGCAUGGGACUAUUGCAGCAAAUGAAAAAGUGAUUUAUGUUCUGCAGUACAGCAAAUCAUAGACUUAUUGAAUGCAAACGGCAUGCAUUCCAGACAGUGCUUUCUGUGAAUGAUUACCUGUGUGAGAUUAGAUGGCGUGGCAUGCUCCAAUCAGACAUUGUUACAUACCAGACUUCACAAGACACUUAAAGCUUCAAGCCUGUAUCAACAAGCUGAUGCUUAUGUUGAAUUAGUCUGCAAUUCAGUGUGCAAUUCCACCACAUAAUCUAUUCACCACUGCAGAAGAGACUGGACAGAUGUAUUUCUCACUAGCAAUAAUCCACUCAGAUCAAUAUGAAUGAUCUAAAGCAAGUUUAUCAGUAAGAUGUUACAAAUAUUGAUGCUAAAGGCCCAGUGCAGUGUUUUAUACAUAUUUCCACACUUUGAGAUUGGAAUAAUACUGUGAAAUUGUGAAAAUGAUGAUAAUGUCCUUUUAGUGUAAGAGCUGUUUGAAAACACCACCUGAAAUUUCAGCCUGUUUUGGCCUUCCUGGUGAUGCAGUAAAUUAGUUAAUAGACCAAUAAGAAAGAGAGUUCCAAACCUCUCUGCCAAUAACAGCUAGUUUCAGUUUUCCCCUCCCCACUGAGACCACUCCCAGACAGUCCUAGCAAAUAUCUUUGCUAAGAAGCUAUUUUUGUUUCUUUUUGACCACUUUAAUUGAAAACAAUCACAGUAAUGUACUUAACUGUUACCCAGAAAUUAUUUGAUAUUGAGAUAAAAACUGCUGCGUUGGACCUUUAUUGCUUUGGAACCAAACCCCAUACUUGCCCUUCAAAACACACCAGAUAAAUUAUACUCUGUUCUUUUUUAAAGCUUGGGACUUCCGAACGUGCCACCGUGCUGAUGCCGUGGUGGCUGAUGGGAAUGUUUUACCUGUCAUUACUCCUUUUGUCUCCAUGGAUAGGACCCCAGCAGGCCUAGAGGAAUGUGGAUGAAGAGUUAUCCGGCCUCCAACAUAAAGAUAUCCUUCCACUGAACCAAAUAGAGCUGUUUAUACACAAAGAGUUUAGCCUGGCACCUGGCUGCCACCAUGAUGAUACCCGGGCUGGUCUGGGUGUGCCUGGCACUGAUAGGGGUGAGGAGCUGCCACGCCCACAGUCUGUUCACCUGUGAACCCAUCAAGGUGCAUCGCUGCCUGGGGAUGCCCUACAACAUGACCUUCUUCCCCAACAUGAUGGAGCACUAUGACCAGGACAUAGCAGCCAGCAGGAUGGAGGUGAGUGUUUCUCACUGUGAUAAAACCCUAAGAUUUCCCAUCAGACUUGGAGCAUAGAGGAAAAAACACCUUGUAGUUUGUUACAGAUGUAGGAUCUUAAUUUGAGCCAGUUUGCUACAGCAGGAAAAUAAUCCUGCAGCAACAUGAAAUUAGAAUUAUUAUGUGGCUUAUAAUUAAUGGACAUUUUUGUAGGGGUUGAUACAUUUUUUGUAAGGGAAAAUCAUGUCUAAAAUUUCAAACUGGAAAUUACAAACUGCAGAAGCCUUUUUAAACUUCAAAUACACAACACAUUUUAUAUUAGCUGCAUUACAGGGAAGUUCUACUGCAACAGGGUGAUCAAAUUAAGAUCCUACAUAUGUAAUAGCAUUUUUUACCAUAUGUUUGCCAUGAAUCCAAUAGGUGCAAAAGGUUAAUUGUGUAUUAAAAUAACUAUUUUUCAAACCAUUCUCUAUGAACUUGCUAAGAUGUAGAGGAAAUGCAAUCUUUUUAAUGGAUAGCUGAGUAUUGUAUCUUGUGUGUCUUAGUAUUCUCGAAGGUCUUCCAUCCCCUCUCGCUGUAGCUACAGUGUUUAGUUACACGUAAUGUAGUUUACAAAAGUUCAAUCAGAAGGCUGAAUGCUCGUUUAACUUCAACCAGUAAGCAUAACAUAAUUCGUUUUUGUUUCCUAUUCUACGGGAAUACUGGGAGUGAAUACAAACGUAUCAUCGUCAGCAUAGCGUCUUGUUUCUUCUCCUCUUUCCUGUUAGCCAUGUGUGGAAUGUCAUUCACCUAUUUAUAUCAGAGGGCUGAUGUAAAUACUAUGCAUGCCAGUCUCUCUUGGCUAAGAGUUGAGGAGAGACUGACUGCAUCACAUCUUCUUUUUAUAAGAAAUAUUAAUGUGUUGAAAAUCCCAAAUUGUUUGCAUAGUCAACUUACACACAGCUCUGACACACACACUUACCCCACCAGACAUGCCACCAGGGGUCUUUUCACAGUCCCCAAAUCCAGAACAAAUUCAAGAAAACAUACAGUAUUAUAUAGAGCCAUUAUUGCAUGGAACUCUGUUCCAUCUGAAAUUGCUCAAAUAAACAGCAAACCUGGUUUCAAAAAACAGAUAAAGCAACACCUCACGGCACAAUGCCUCUCCCCUAUUUGACCUAGAUAGUUUGUGUGUAUGUAUUGAUAUGUAGGCUACGUGUGCCUUUAAAACAAAUGUAUGUAGUUCUGUCCUUGAGCUGUUCUUGUCUAUUAAUGUUCUGUGUUAUGUCAUGUUUCAUGUUUUGUGUGGACCCCAGGAAGAGUAGCUGCUGCUUUUCCAACAGCUAAUGGGGAUCCUAAUAAAAUACCAAAUACCAAAUACCUUAUAGCCUAUAUAAGCAUGGCACAAUAAUGCACAUUCCUCACGCUUGCUGUUUAACCUAUGGGUUCACUUUUGCAAUUUUCACCUUCCUCUCUCUCAACCAAUGGGUGUAAAUCUUGGAAUGUACAGUUGAAGUCGGAAGUUUACAUACACCUUAGCCAAAUACAUUUAAACUCAGUUUUUCACAAUCCCUGACAUUUAGUCCUAGUAAAAAUUCCCUGUCUUAGGUCAGUUAGGAUCACCACUUCAUUUUAAGAAUGUGAAAUGUCAGAAUAAUAGUAGAGAGAAUGAUUUAUUUCAGCUUUUAUUUCUUUCAUCACAUUCCCAGUGGGUCAGAAGUUUACAUACACUCAAUUAGUAUUUGGUAGCAUUGCCUUUAAAUUGUUUAACUUGGGUCAAACGUUUCGGGUAGCCUUCCACAAGCUUCCCACAAUAAGUUGGGUGAAUUUUGGCCCACUCCUCCUGACAGAGCUGGUGUAACUGAGUCAGGUUUGUAGGCCUCCUUGCUCGCACACACUUUUUCAGUUCUGCCCACACAUUUUCUAUAGGAUUGAGGUCAGGGCUUUGUGAUGGCCACUCCAAUACCUUGACUUUGUUGUCCUUAAGCCAUUUUGCCACAACUUUGGAAGUAUGCUUGGGGUCAUUGUCCAUUUGGAAGACCCAUUUGCGACCAAGCUUUGACUUCCUGACUGAUGUCUUGAGAUGUUGCUUCAAUAUAUCCACAUAAUUUUCCUUCCUCAUGAUGCCAUCUAUUUUGUGAAGUGCACCAGUCCCUCCUGCAGCAAAGCACCCCCACAGCAUGAUGCUGCCACCCCCGUGCUUCACGGUUGGGAUGGUGUUCUUCGGCUUGCAAGCUUCCCCCUUUUUCCUCCAAACAUAACGAUGGUCAUUAUGGCGAAACAGUUCUAUUUUUGUUUCAUCAGAACAGAGGACAUUUCUCCAAAAAGUACGAUCUUUGUCCCCAUGUGCAGUUGCAAACCGUAGUCUGGCUUUAUUAUGGCGGUUUUGGAGCAGUGGCUUCUUCCUUGCUGAGCGGCCUUUCAGGUUAUGUCGAUAUAGGACUCGUGUCAUGAACAAGUAAUUUUUCCAACAAUUGUUUACAGACAGAUUAUUUCACUUAUAAUUCACUGUAUCACAAUUCCAGUGGGUCAGUAGUUUACAUACACUAAGUUGACUGUGCCUUUAAACAGCUUGGAAAUUUCCAGAAAAUGAUGUCAUGGCUUUAGAAGCUUCUGAUAGGCUAAUUGACAUCAUUUGAGUCAAUUGGAGGUGUACCUGUGGAUGUAUUUCAAGGCCUACCUUCAAACUCAGUGCCUCUUUGCUUGACAUCACAGGAAAAUUCCAGCAGUCCCACAUAGGGCUACCUGCCAUCAUUGCCAAAAGAUACCGUUAUGCUUGUUUACACUGAGCUGCGCUGAGGUCGGAACGCAGUCAUGGUUACAUUAAGACACAGUGGAGCCGGCGCAAGAUAUGGGUUGGAAAAGGUAACUCAAUGCAGGGAUGGGAUAUACCUGAACUUCAGAAGAGGAUGCACUACCGUGUGAAUGUUCUCUUUCGCCUUGAGAUUGUACUCCAAAUGUUACCUGUAUCCACACUGAUACAUCGAGAAGAUUGAAAUACUGCUAGUUUUCCCAGAAAACUGCCCUUUUCGUCCUCAUGCUAGCUAGCAGUAGCCACCACAGCCAUUUUGGAAUGGCAGUGUCAGCCAAUCAGCCCCUUUGUUGUUCAUUCCAUAAUGACUGCUGUGGCUGCUGCUAGCUAGCAUGAUAACGAAAAAGGCAGUUUUUUGGGAAAACUAGCAGUAUUUCAAUCUUCUCGAUGUAUCAGUAUGGUGGAAAAACUAGCAGUAUUUCAAUCUUCUUGAUGGAGCAGUCUGGAUAAAGGUAAAAUUCAGACUACAGUGGCAUAUCCCAUCCCUGCAUUGAGGUACAUUUUCCAACCCGUAUCUCACGCCGGCUCCACAGUGUCUUAAAGUAACCAUGAUUGCGUUCCGACCUCAGUGUAAACAAGCGUAACGGUAGGGUCGGUAUCCUCUGGCAACCUGCCAUCACAUCAUCUGGCUUUUAUGAUAUUCUCUCGGAGACAAGGCCAUUCCCCAAACUAUUUAAUAAAAUGUCAUAUUUCAUUCAGUCUUUAUGGUUCAUUCAGUAAAGCCUGUACUCGAUUGAAAUGAGUGUGGAGCAGACAGAGAGAAUGCUGGAGGACUCUUUGUGUGGUGUCUAUCUAUCAAGCUGAGGUGCUCCUCUUAUUUCAGGACAACCUCAGGGAGCCACAGGGAACUCUGGGUACUUUGUUGUGUGGGGCGGCCUUUGAUUUAGGAGAGGAAGGGGAGGUAGACACACCCAGCCUCACACAAAGACUAGCCAGCAUUCCUUCCACACUGUACUCUCUCUCUCUCUCUCUCUCUCUCUCUCUCUCUCUCUCUCUCUCUCUCUCUCUCUCUCUCUCUCUCUCUCUCUCUCUAUUUCUACCUCUCCCCCCUCUCUUCCUUUCUUUGUCUCUCACUCCUUCACUUCACUUCAAAGUGUCAGUGUUAGGUAUCUAUAGUAAUAGAUGCAUACAAUGCCUACUGCUGACAGUCAAUCUGACCAAAUGGCAUGUUGGAAAGUGUGCCAUAAUGGGGAUCUAGGUAUUGUUAUGAAGUUGACUUUCCUGUUGCUCAUCUGUUCAGUGUUAUUCGAUAUGAUUUUCCAGAUGGAGGACUAGCCCUUUCCUUUAGGGACAUUGUUCCUGUUACCAUGUCAAUGUGCCAAUAUUCUACUAGUGUUUGGCAGCUUAAAAGUAACACUUCAGGCACCUGUAAGGAAACUGACCAAAAUAGCAGCGAGUGAAGAACUAGCAUAUGUUUUUAGUAUACAUUUCAAACUCAACCAAUGCAUUUUGAAAUUAGGAUGCUAUAUUGUGUAGCCCUUUCUUUCAAAUGACCAAAUCGCUGUCUAGUGGCCUCAUGGGUGAAAUGUUAUUAAUAUUUUCAUAAUUUAAUAAUUAAUAAACAUAGUUUAAAAAACAACUGCAGAAAAUCUGGUGUUUCUGUGUCAAAUGGUUUAGUUAUAUUUCAGUCUUCUGUGAUGAAUUCAUUUCAACUCUAUAUCUGACAUGGUACAGGUUUCUUCUUUUUUAAAGUCCAUUACCAUGUGUGUGAGGUGUAUAAUUUGGUUUCAAAGUGUGACCCUGAUUUAGCCCACUGCAGUAAAAGGUUAAUUGAGUCAUUAUUAUCCAUAGUCGAGUGACCUUUGGUAGAAAUCUACAGUAGAGGGAUCAUGCUUUUAAAUGAGAACAUACAGAGGCCCCAAUUCCAAUACACUCCACAUGUAUUCCAAUUUACAGUGGCUCCACAGACAAAUACACGAAACGGCAGAUUGUAGACUAAGAAGAGCUCUUUGAGAUGGAGUUUGGGACCUCCAAAGAAGUGAAACAAGGAGCCAUACAGUCGGAGAGCGAGUUCCCCAGGCCCCAUCUAGAUCUGGGCUGCUGCCAGCCUGGAGCUGGGGAAACAGUCAGGGAGAGAACAUUGAAUAGUGGGGUUGUUAGGUUGGCCCUGUGUUGAUGGUGGGAUUGAGGGGGAAAUGUGGCUUAUACACUGUAAACAUCGGCUGGAUUUACUGCCGCCAGCAGUCAUAGUUCUUUCUGCAUAACUGCAUUUGUAAGCUGAACAGGAAUGUUUGAUAACAUGGUGUAUCUGAUCCAAAGCAAGUGGCCCUUAGAUUAAGAUGGCCACAUGAUACAGUCUGUAAUCUUUGAAGGAUACAGUUAUAAUUGUUUUGGGAAUGAUUUGUGGCAGUCGUUACUGAUGGUAUCUUAAGCUUUUGUGAUAUGGUCAUUACUUCGACAAGAUCUGUUUAUUUGGAUAAACUCUGUUUAGCGUGACAAAACAAUGCCAAAAAUAACCAUUAAUGCUUUGGAAAGAUAUGUUUUCAUACUUUGGUAGAAAUCACUGUGAACUCUUUAACGAUUGUUAGAGCAGAGCAGCAGCUUUAGUGUGAUGGAAUGGAUACUGAGCAGAAGCCCAACAGUUCUGUCCAUUCCAGUCAACAUCCCUCUUGACUCCUGGUUUCCAACCAGUCCCAGAGUCAUUUCCUGAUGCCCACCCCCAUAUACUAAAAUCUGUUGAAACGGAAGAAUAUGAGACAGCCUCUGAAAGGAAUCCUUUGUGUGGCACCAUAAUACAGUGCAUUACAGCCUCUUAUGUAGAGUAGCCUUUUUAGCUUUUCCAACCAAGUCACGUGUACAGGAAAAUAAAACGAUUCUAUUUAUGGAUUUGCCCAUGGCAAGGGACCUUCAUGUACUGUAUUGUGGCCUUGAUUGAAAGAAUUAACCUCACGUUGACUGACUUUUUAAUUACAAACUGUUGUGAUGUCUAAAUGAAUCUAGUUGAACUCAAUAUUGGUUGUUGGAUUAAAAACAUGUCUGACCAUUUGUUCAGCUCCACCCUUACAGGUACAGGAGCACAGUACUGGUAUUUAGUAGGGUAGCAAAAUUCCGGUAACUUUCCCAGGUUUUCCCAAAAUCCUGGUUGAAAGAUUCCUGGAAUUAGGUUUGAAUAAACCAGAAAUCCAGAAACUCCAACCAGGACUUCUGGAAAACCUUUGAAUUUAGGGAAAGAUACCGGAAUUUUGCAACCCUAGUAUUUACAGUAUGUUCUUGAACCAUAAAAAUCUGAAUGUAUCUCUCUCUCUCUCGGUCAUUCUCUCUCUCCCUUUUUCUCUCUCUCGCUCUCUCUUCCCUUUCUCUCUCUCUCCCUUUCUCUCUCUCUCCCUUUCUCCCUCUUUCUCUCUCUUCUCUCUCCCUUUCUCCCUCUUUCUCUCCCUUUCUCUCUCUCCCUUUCUCUCUCGCUCUCUCGCUCUCUCCCCUUCCCUACCUCCGUAGCCCUUCAUGCCGCUGGUCAACCUGCGCUGCUCUCCAGACGUACAUCACUUCCUGUGUCAGGCCUUUAUCCCAGCAUGCACUGAGGACACCAAGGUGAUCCGGCCAUGUCGUGACCUGUGUGAAACAGUGAGGUCAGACUGCAGGAAGGACAUCAGCACCUUCGGCAUUACCUGGCCUCCGGAGCUGCACUGUGACAGGUAGAUGUGACUGACUGGGUUGAACGCAAUUCUCCAGGUCUCAGGCAAGGUUACUCAUCACGUGUGCGCGGUUCACUGAACCACAACAUCUGUUACAUACAUAGGCGUGUUGUACUGUGCCAAGUUUUAUAGAUGAAAAGGCACAUGCGUGACAUUUUUCAGAUGACCAAAUAGUAAGCGUUUAUAAACUGCUUGCUAACAGCUAGUUGACCAGUUAUUACAUUUAUCAGCACUAAGUUUUGAAAUGGUAUAUUUAGUUAUGGUCUUGACUCUUUACCCAACUUUUCUCCUCUAGAUUGGAGGAUUGCCUCUACUCUCCAGAUGGCUCAGCUCUGCCACCAACCAGACUGACCACACCCAAGACCUCUCUGUCUGCCAAGAGGGACAUGGGCUUCUGGUGCCCCCUUCAGCUGAAGACCCGACCCGGCCAGGGAUCCACGUUCCUGGGUGCCGGGGACUGUGCUCCCCCUUGCUCCAACAUGUACUUCAAGCCCCAUGAGAUCGAGUUCGCCAAGACCUUCAUCGGGGUGUGCUCCAUCGUCUGCCUCUGCGCCACGCUCUUCACUUUUCUCACCUUCCUCAUCGACGUCAAACGCUUCCGCUACCCCGAACGGCCAAUCAUCUUCUAUGCCGUGUGCUACAGCUUCGUGUCGCUCAUCUACUUCAUUGGCUUCCUGCUUGGGAACAAUGCAUCCUGCAACAAGGUCUGUUUAUAUCUGUGUCUGAAAUGGCACCCAAUCUAUAUUGUACACUACUUUUGACCAGAGCCCCCAGAUCCCUAUGGGCCCUGGUCUAAAUUAUUGUACUAUGUAGGGAAUAGGGUGCUAUUUGGGAUACAUCCCAUUACAUCCCAUGUCUUGUGAUGUACAGUACCAGUCAAAAGUUUGGACACACCUACUCAUUCCAGGGUUUUUCUUUAUUUUUACUAUUUUCUACAUUGUAGAAUAAUAGUGAAGACAUAAAAACUAUGAAAAACAUAUGGAAUCAUGUAGUAACCAAAAAAGUGUUAAACAAAUCAAAAUAUAUUUUAUAUGUGAGAUUCUUCAAAUGGCCACCCUUUGCCUUGAUGACAGCUUUGCAUACGAUUGGCAUUCUCUCAACCAGCUUCAUGAGGUAGUCACCUGGAAUGCAUUUCAAUUAACAGGUGUGCCUUCUUAAAAGUUAAUUUGUGGAAUUUAUUUCCUUCUUAAUGCGUUUGAGCCAAUCAGUUGUGUUGUGACAAGGUAGGGGGGUAUACAGAAGAUAGCCCUAUUUGGUAAAAUACCAAGUCCAUAUUAUGGCAAGAACAGCUCAAAUAAGCAAAGAGAAACGACAGUCCAUCAAUACUUUAAGACAUGAAGGUCAGUCAAUAUGGAACAUUUCAAGAACUUUGAACGUUUCUUCAAGUGCAGUCGCAAAAACCAUCAAGCGCUAUGAUGAAACUGGCUCUCAUGAGGACCGCCACAGGAAUGGAAGACACAGAGUUACCUCUGCUGCAGAGGAUAAGUUCAUUAGAGUUACCAGCUUCAGAAAUUGCAGCCCAAAUAAAUGCUUCACAGAGUUCAAGUAACAGACACAUCUCAACAUCAACUGUUCAAAGGGGACUGUGUGAUACAGCCCUUCAUGGUUGAAUUGCUGCAAAGAAACCACUACUAAAGGACACCAAUAAGAAGAAGAGACUUACUUGGGCCAAGAAACACGAGCAAUGGACAUUAGACCGGUGGAAAUGUGUCCUUUGGUCUGGAGUCCAAAUUAGAGAUUUUGGGUUCCAACCGCUGUGUCUUUGUGAGACGUGGUGUGGGUGAACGGAUGAUCUCCGCAUGUGUAUUUCCCACCGUAAAGCAUGGAGGAGGAGGUGUUAUGGUGUGGGGGUGCUUUGGUGACACUCUUUGUGAUUUAUUUAGAAUUCAAGGCACACUUAACCAGCAUGGCUACCACAGCAUUCUACAGCGAUACACAAUCCCAUCUGGUUUGGGCUUAGUGGGACUAUCAUUUGUUUUUCAACAGGACAAUGACCCAACACACCUCCAGGCUGUGUAAGGGCUAUUUUACCAAGAAGGAGAGUGAUGGAAUGUUGCAUCAGAUGACCUGGCCUCCACAAUCCCCCGACCUCAACCCAAUUGAGAUGGUUUGGGAUGAGUCGGACCGCAGAGUGAAGGAAAAGCAGCCAACAAGUGCUCAGCAUAUGUGGGAACUCCUUCAAGACUGUUGGAAAAGCAUUCCAGGUGAAGCUGGUUGAGAGAAUACCAAGAGUGUGCAAAGCUGUCAUCAAGGCAAAAGGUGGCUAUUUGAAGAAUCUCAAAUAUAAAAUAUAUUUUGUAAUAUGCCAUUUAGCAGACGCUUUUAUCGAAAGCGACUUACAGUCAUGUGUGCAUACAUUUUUACGUAUGGGUGGUCCCGGGGAUCGAACCCACUACCCUGGCGUUACAAGCGCCAUGCUCUACCAAUUGAGCUACAGAGGACCACCCAUACGUUGAUUUGUUUAACACUUUUUUGGUUACUACAUGAUUCCAUAUGUGUUAUUUCAUAGUUUUGAUGUCUUCACUAUUAUUCUACAAUGUAAAAAAUUAAAGAAAACCCCUUGAAUGAGGAGGUGUGUCCAAACUUUUGACUGGUAGUGUAUGUCCUGUGAUGAAGUUAUGUAGCUAUGUAUUGUGAUGUUUUAUAUGUAUGCCAGGUAUACCUCUUAUUUUCCUAGCAAACUUCUCUAUGGGACAUAAAAGUAGUCAUUCAUUCGUUAAUCAAUUUAUUCAUUCAUUCAUCCCAGGCGGUGCACCCGGCUGCCAUGGACACGGUGGUGCUCGGCUCCCAGAGUAAAGGCUGUACGUUACUCUUCAUGCUGCUCUACUUCUUCUCCAUGGCCGGCAUCGUCUGGUGGGUCAUCCUCACCAUCACCUGGUUCCUGGCCGCCGGGCCCAAGUGGAGCUGUGAGGCCAUCGAGAAGAAGGCGGUGUGGUUCCACUCUGUCGCCUGGGGGAUCCCCGGAGCACUAACCGUCAUGCUACUGGCUCUCAACAAGGUGGAGGGAGAUAACAUCAGCGGCGUGUGCUUCGUGGGGCUCUAUGAUCUGGACGCGCUGCGGUACUUUGUGCUGGCGCCGAUGUGUAUCGGGGUGGUGGUGGGGCUGUCUCUGCUGCUGGCUGGGAUCGUGUCGCUCAAUAACGUGCGUCAGGUGAUCCAGCACGAUGAGAGGAACCAGGAGAAGCUGAAGAAGUUUAUGAUCCGUAUCGGGGUGUUCAGUGGUCUGUACCUGGUGCCCCUGGUCACUCUGCAGGGGUGUUACAUCUAUGAACAAAGCCAGCGCUCCACUUGGGAAAAAACCUGGAUCAAUGACCGCUGCCAGGAGUACAGCAUUCCCCUGCUCACACAAGGUAACACACACGCUUAGCACUAGAACAUUUUCAUAAUAAUUUGAUAUCUCUAUGAAGAUAUGCCGCUGCAAAAUUCAUCAAACAUUAAUAGAUGUUAAAAAUCAGUGCUGUUCUUAUGCCUUCUUUCAGCCACAGUAGAAUGUACGAUGAUAUUUGGCCAGAUGUUUAAAUGGAAAUGGUCUAAUUAAGCAAUAAGGCACGAGGGGGUGUGGUACUAUACAACAUCUGUAGAGGACAACCCUACCUCACACACGAAGCGGUGCAUGUCCUAAUCCAGGUACUUGUCCUCUCCCGUCUGGACUACUGCAACUCGCUGUUGGCUGGGCUCCCCACUUGUGCCAUCAAACCCCUGCAAUUUAUUCAGAACGCUGCAGCCCACCUGGUUUUCAACCUUCCCAAGUUCUCCCAUGUCAACCCGCUCCUCAGCACACUCCACUGGCUUCCAGACGAAGCUUGCAUCCACUACAAGACCAUGGUGCUUGCCUACGGCGCACUGCCUCUCCCUACCUAUGCUCAAGGCCCUACACCCCAACCCGAGCACUCUGUUCUGCCACCUCUGGUCUCUUGGCUCUCCCACCCCUACGGAAGGGCAGUUUCUGCUCAGCCCAGUCCAAGCUCUUCUUUCUCCUGGAACCCCAAUGUUUGAACCAGCUUUCCCCUGAAGCUAGGACAGCAAAGUCCCUUCCCAUCUACCGAAAACACCUGAAAACCCUACCUCUUCAAAGAGUAUCUUAAAUAACCCCCCCCCCCCCCCCCCCCCCCAAAAAAAAGGAUAAUAAUAAAAUAUUCCCGAAACAACACCAUUUCCCUUGACACCUCCCCCCACCACCCUCUUUCUAGCUUUGCUGAUAGCUACUUUAUUGAGGGAAUGUGUACUUACUAUGCCUGUGAUAUGUGGUUGUCCCACCUAGCUAUCUUAAGAUGAAUGUAAGUCACUCUGGAUAAGAGCAUCUGCUAAAUGACUCAAAUGUAAAUGUAUAUGGCUAAUAUUCCACGGCUAAGGGUUUGGCCAUUUACCACAAAACCCUGAGGUGCCUUAUUACUAUUAUAAACUGGUUACCAACGUAAUUAGAACUGUAAAAAAAAAACACAGCUUUCAGCCAAUCAGCAUUCAGGGCUCAAACAACCCGGUUUAUAAUACAAUGUUGUGUUUCAGACUACAGAGUCUGAUCGUCCGGACCUGUCCCUAUUCCUGAUUAAAUACCUGAUGACCCUGGUGGUUGGGAUCUCAGCUGUGUUCUGGGUCAGCAGCAAGAAGACCUGCUCAGAAUGGGCCUUCUUCUUCAACAGGACCAGGAAGAAAGAGUAUGAACACUUCACUAAUGCCUGUCUCUCAACUGCUGAAACAAAUCAUAUUUUCUACAUGGAUUGUAUCCCAAAUGGCACCCUAGUGCAAAAGUAGUGCAUUAUAUAAGGAAUAGGGUGCCAUUUGGGAAGCAACUUGGGUUUUUACAGUAUGCAACAUUUACAGAUUGCAAAUAGAUAUAAUUAUACUGUGUUCUAAUUAUAUUUCUCUAUCCAGCCCCAUUAGUGAGAGCCGCAGAGUUCUUCAGGAGUCCUGUGAGUUCUUCCUCAAACACAACAGCCGUGUCCAGCACAAGAAGAACCACUAUAACCCCGGCUCCCACAAACUUAAGGUAAUUUCCAAGUCCAUGGGCACCAGCACCGGCGCCUCAGCCACCGGCAACCACGGCACCUCAGCAGUGGGCAACCAUGAGGCCGUCCGGGGCCAGGCUUCUCUCUCUGAGGCCAGGGGCUCGUCUGAGGCCUCCGCCAGAGAGCAGCUGGAGAGGGGCAGCUCCACCCGUGGCUCCAGGCUGGGGGAGAGGGACAGGGAGAGGGAGAAGCAGCCCAGCGGACAGGCCCUGUCUGGGGGGAGAGAGGGGAGAGAGGGGGCAGAGAGACGCAGUAAGAAGGGCAGCUCCAGCAAGGUUAGCAGCCGCUCAGAGAGCUUCCACAGAGUCGCAGAGGGAAGGUAAAGACAGAUACUUUCACCCUUUUGCCCAAGUACUUUCUGACCUAUACAUACGUACUUAAAAAGGUUUUGUUCGCUCCACCGUUAACAGGUUGUUUUUUGCAAACUUGUCUUGUAGGAUGACUCCCAGGAGUGAACUAUCAGAGACGAGACAGGUGCCCAGUGGACAGGACCUGGCUUUAAGCCACUCUCACAGCGGCAGUGCGAAAGGCUCCGUCCCUCACCUGGUUCGCCAGGUACCAGAGGAGAAGAAGGACAAGGACAGCAGCUGCUGAGCCCAACCAGCAGGCUCCUAUGAUACUUCACACUAGCAGAGAUGGGCAACUCUGGUCCUCAGGGGCUGGACUGAAUUUCUGCUGGUUUUUGUUCUUCCAUUCAAAUGAGCAACUGAUUUAGCCUGUCAUACCAUACCAGAUGUGUACACUCUCAGAUCAAUCAGUGAUAUUAGUGGAUCGAUUAAGUACCAGAGAGAGAAGAGAAAACCAGCAGAAAACAGGAGUUUUCCUUCAAACCACAGAGACAGGAAGGAAGAGACUAGGUGGGUCACCAGGGUCUUAGAGAGCUCCAUUCACUGACCGACCCAACAGGUGUAGCUACUGGACAUCAGUCAGCUUUACUGGAUCACUGGCCACAUCAAGGUGAAUGAGGUUAGAGAAUCAUGCAGCUCUUCAGACCAACGGAUGCAUUUCCCUGCUGUAAAACAGUCACUUAGGUUGACGUAUUGUUUAUUUACUUAUGAAAGCUAUACUUUUCUGUUAGUAGAUUGAUAUGUAAAGUGUGUAGAAUAUACACUGGCAAUAUUUAUGUAAAAUAUUUUUUUUCUAUCACUGGACUAGUCUUUACACUGAGUUUAAGCGCUUGAAAAUCUGAAAAUCACAAAUGUUUCACCAAACAAUCAGAACUUCAAGGAUAUCUAGUGUGGUGGUUAACUAUUUUUAUUUUAUUGUUGUAUUCAAAUGGUUAAUGUCAUUUGCAUGUAGACAAUUCCAUCAUGAAAGAAUGAGUAGCAAGCAUAGCAGCUCUGUAGUUAAAGUAAUUGCAUUAGACAGGAGGGUCUCACUACCAAUACACUCAGUAUGCUACUCUACUUUUCAUUCCAUUUCCAUUACAAUGUUUAUUUCAGUAUAUCUAUAAAUAGUUACAUAAGCAAUUUUCAAUUUUGCUGACUCUCCUCAUAAACUUAUUUUCCUGUAAAUCUGUGUGGAGCAUGUGUUUUUAUACUACAGUUUCUAGAAGAAUGUGCCUCAUGAACUAAAUCAUGGUCUUCAGAUGCUUUACAUGUGUGACAUAGUCAUUCCAUGUGUGUAUUCAUCUCCAGUGAAAUAUGUGGACAAAGUAACCAUUUCUGGCUUAUUUCUGGCUCUUGACCUUAUGUAAAUUGUUGUGGUUGGACAUCUCACUACACUAGAGGAGUUACCACUUAGAGAUUAACCCAGUGCAAAGACUGAGUGAUAAUGUUCAAUUUGUACAGAGAUAUAAAGUUUGUUUUGUUUUGUUUAAACCAAAUAUAGUAGUAUGUAUGCCUACCAUAAUAACUGAUGAUCCAAUAUGAAAACUCUAGUUGAAAAAUCAGAGAUUAAAUCCAAUCCAAAGCAUGUACCUAGUUGAGUGGAUUUUUUUGGACAAAUGUGUGGGUUUUGUUCAGUAUUUGCAAACUUGGGCGGCAGGUAGCUUAGUGGUUAAGAGCGUUGUGCCAGUAACCGAAAGGUCGCUGGUUCUAAUCCCAGAGCCGACUAGGUGAAAAAUCUGUUGAUGUGCCCUUGAGCAAGGCACUUAACCCUAAUCGCUCUGGAUAAGAGCGUCUGCUAAAUGACAAAAAAAAAAGGCAUGAUUCUUACCGGUAAUCCUUGAAUUGUGUUUGACUCUACACAUUUUUCUUGCAAGCAUUUUCCCGAAAGGCCUGUUGGGAAUAAGUCUUGCAAACUGUAUUAGUGAAAACCAUUUAUCCAUCCAUACAUAUUCACAAUGCUUUGAUUAGUAUUUUAAUCCCUCCAUUCUGUACUGUUUUAUUGUCUUUAUUUUGACCCUGUCCUUUGAUCUUCACCCAAAUCUAUAGUAUUAUGUGGCUAUCCGAAGACAAAGGUUACAGCUAAAGGGAAUUUGUUCUCUUGCUUCCACUCCUUCACACAUUAACAGUAUAACCACUACUCAUCCUUGAUGGCAUAUGGACUUGUUUAGGCUAUAGAACAUUUUUAUUUUAUUUUAAAUUCCCUAUACAUUUUUGUGAGCUUUUGUAGUGUUAUGUUGUAUGUACUAUUU